AUUUCAUUGCAACAAUUCGAAUUGAUUCGAUGGUUCAACUAUUGAUAAUGAUAGUAUUCCUCUCUUUGUUGAUGAUUGAUUGUCUAUAUUCAUGGAUUAUGCCCUGUGUGAAGUAAGCUUCACCGGUGGGUGGUAAUGGUCAAAAACAAAAACUUCAGUCUUUUAGCAUAGUAAAACCCACAAUGUUUAAGAUACUUGAAAAAGUCUUAUGCAUGUUAAGAAGAAAAUGUCAAGGAAACAAAAAUUUCUUGGGUUCUAUCAUGAUUUUUAGUUUUCAUAGCCUCUCACUUUUGGAUCUUAUACUUUUCUUUUUUUUUGCCAAGUAGAAUAAAAAGGAACAAUUGAACUAGAUCCAUCCAUUAUUUAUCAUUUUUUAUUUUUCUGAAAGAAAGAUCCAAUAAAAGACUACCAUGUCAUCUGAUAACGCUAAUGUAAAUAUGGUUUAACAAACAUCUUCUCUUUUUCCAGUUCAAGAAAAUGCAUUUAUUUUGCUCAAAUAAUCUAUUUUUGGAAUUUCUUAUUAGUGCAAAAAUAGGGAGACAAAAAAAUAUUGAAUGGUUGUUUGUGUUGCUUCUCGCGAAAAUCAAUGCUUUCUCCACAAACACUCGAGAAUUUUGAGAAACAAUUUACUCAAUGGCUACUAAGAUUUACUUUUGGGUUCUUUUUUCUCAAAUAGCCCCUUUAAGAUAUUAUAAUAACAAAUUUCUUUGUUUUGUGUUUCUCUUUCCUCCUCUUAUUCUUCCUGAAUCUUUGGCCAUUGUUUGUGUGGUUUCGGCUCAAGAGUGAUUCCACUCAUCGGUCGAUCCACACAAACACAAUAAUUUUCAAUGAGAUAUUGUUCUUCUUCUUAGAAAAUCAUGGGUUUCUUAUCUUGUUUUAAAUCAUCGACACAAUCGAAAUCGAAAAAGAGCUGGAAAUGUUGGAAAAAGAAGGAAAAGGACAAAUGGUUAUCAGAAGAAAAGAUAUCGAAAAAGAGAAAAAAAAGGAGAUUGUGUUGUUUUGGUGAUGAAAUAUCAUCAAAAGGGAAAGGAUCAUCAAAUAAGGAAAGAAGCAAGUGGUGUUGCAUUCGUAAGAGACCAUCAAGGUAUAAAGAACCAUCGAGAAAGAAAGAAAAGUGUAGGAUAAGUUUUUUUUGUUGUAAAGGAUCAUCAAACGAUGAAGAACCAUUGAGAAAGAAAGAAAAAUGUGGGAUUUGUUGUUCUUGUUGUAAAAGAUCAUCAAGUGCUGAAGAUAUAUCAAGAAAAGGAGGAAAAUGCGGGACAUGUUGCUUCGGUCGCAAGAAACCUUCAUCAAAUGAUCCAUCAAAAAUAAAAGAGAAGGGGUGCAUGAGUUGUUUCAAUUGUUGUAAAAAAUCAUCGAAUGAUCAACGAAAAGAAAAGGGGUGCAAUAGUUGCUUCAAUUGUUGCAAGCCAUCUUCAUCAAAUGAUCAAAGAAAAGAAAAGGGGUGCAUGAGUUGUUUCAAUUGUUGUAAGCCACCGAAGAAGGAGAAACGCAUAGGAGGCAAAGAAAAUGAUAUUAAUUGUUGUGCUUGCACUUGCGCAAAAUCUUCAGAGACGAUAAGUUGUCUUUCUUGUUUCAGAUCCUCUAAAAAGAAUAAAAGAAAAAGAGGAGAAAGAGAGAGUGUAAUGCCCUUGAAUGAAACAUGCUCAAAGGCUCUUGGUUCUUGUGGUUGCUCAUGUUGUUCUUCUUUGGAGAACAAGAAUGUGCACAAGGGUAAAGGGAAGAAAAAACAUUGUUGGAAGAGGAAGGAGAAGAAGAAAAAGAAUCAUUUAGCUUCCCUUGUUAAGACAAUAUCUUUUAAAUCUGAUAGUGGCAAGCAUAGGUCUGCAGCUGAAGAAAUUCUUCGUAUUGGUAAUGGUAAUAUUGCAGCAAAGGUUUUCACAUACCGUGAAAUUGUAAUAGCAACACAAAAUUUUGCACCAGAGUGUUUACUAGGACAAGGUGGAUUUGGAAAGGUUUACAGAGGACAACUGAAGGAGACAAACCAAAUUGUAGCAGUUAAGAAACUCGAUAAAACUGGAUAUCAGGGAAAUAGAGAGUUUCUAAUUGAAGUACUGAUGCUCAGCCUCCUCAGCCAUCCAAAUCUUGUAAAUUUGCUUGGAUAUUGUUCUGAUAAUGGCCAAAGGAUUCUAGUAUAUGAGUACAUGGCUCUUGGUUCUUUGCAAGAUCAUCUUCUUGAUUUAGCUCCAAAUACUAAGGCAUUGAAUUGGAACACAAGAAUGAAAAUAGCUGCAGGUGCCGCAAAAGGACUUGAGCAUUUGCAUGUUACUGCAACUCCCCCUGUGAUUUAUCGCGAUCUGAAAGCAUCAAAUAUAUUGCUUGAUCAGGAUUAUAACCCGAAAUUGGCUGAUUUUGGUUUGGCAAAGCUUGGUCCUGUUGGUUCUCAGAACCACAUAUCCACAAGAGUUAUGGGAACUUUUGGUUAUUGUGCUCCUGAGUACGCUUUAACUGGAAAGUUGACAAUAAUGUCAGAUAUUUACAGUUUUGGGGUUGUGCUUUUGGAGCUAAUUACUGGAAGAAAGGCGAUGGAUUCGAGAAGACCAAGAAAUGAGCAAAGACUAGUUGAAUGGGCAGCUCCGCUGUUCAAGGAUAAGAAGAACUUCCUUAAAAUGGCUGACCCGUUGCUCGAAGGGAAAUUUCCUGUUAAGUCUCUGUAUCAAGCAAUUGCAAUUGCUGCAAUGUGUGUUCAAGAGGAGGAUACUACUCGACCGCUCAUUAAAGAUGUUGCCAGUGCUCUUCAGUUUCUGGCAACACCAAACAACGGUUCCCCCUCUGAAGAGGAACCUGAAAUUUCUAGCAUUGAGAAUGAAACUUCUGCUCAAUCGCAAACUGCAACAGAUUUUAGUCGCCCUAUGAAUAAAGAUCCAUCACAUUCACAUCAUGAUGCACAGGACUCAUCAGAUGGUGAUUGGCAAAGUUGUUCAACUGUGACAGAAGAUGAAGAUGAACUUGUUGAGUUAGAUACUGACGUAAAACUGGGGGAUUCGGAACUUUGAAAGGAAGACUAGCGAAGAUUUCUUCAUUUGUCACUUUUUUGUUGCCUAUAGGUUGCUACUAGGUGUUGUGUGUAUUUUUUAUCUUAGGAUGAUAUGGUGGAUGUCAUACAAUCUUUUGACGGUGUUGUUUUUGUAGAUGGAUGGUGCAAUAUUUAAUUUGAAGAAAAUGAAAGGGAGAAA